CGGGCGCCGGGCACAGCAGGGCCUCCCUGACCGCAGUGCCCAGCUGUUGGCUGUGCCCUUAAGGGCUCAGACUGAAGGAGUCAUUGCACUGUCGGGGACAGGGAGAGCAGGGCUGUUUCCUGGGGCCGUCCUGGCCGCGCCCAGCCCCCUCCUGCCAUGCCGCCCGCGGUAUCCCGCGGGGCCGCGCCGUUGGCUGCCGUCGUCCUGCUGGUGCUGGGGACUCCUCUGGCGCUAGCGAAUGAAGACUGUUUGUGGUAUCUGGAUCGGAAUGGCUCCUGGCAUCCGGGAUUUGACUGCGAGUUCUUCACCUUCUGCUGCGGGACCUGCUACCAGCGGUACUGCUGCAGGGACCUGACCUUACUCAUCACCGAGAGACAGCAGAAACACUGCCUGGCCUUCAGUCCCAAGACCAUAGCAGGCAUCGCCUCUGCUGUAAUCCUCUUUGUUGCUGUGGUUGCCACCACCAUCUGCUGCUUCCUCUGUUCCUGUUGCUACCUAUACCGAAGGCGCCAGCAGCUCCAGAGUCCAUUUGAAGGCCAGGAGAUUCCGAUGACAGGCAUCCCAAUGCAGCCAGUAUACCAAUACCCUCCGGACCCCAAAGCUGGUCCUGUACCUCCACAGCCUGGUUUUAUGUACCCACCUAGUGGUCCCGCUCCCCAGUAUCCUCUCUACCCAGCUGGGCCCCCAAUCUACAACCCUGCAGCUCCUCCCCCCUAUAUGCCACCACAGCCCUCUUACCCAGGAGCCUGAAGAAACAGCUGUGGCUCUGCUGUCCCUUCCAUGAUGCCGUUUUUUGGGAGAUUCCCCAUUCUGUACCUGCAUCCAGCCCUGGGGGUGGGCAUGGGUCUUCUAGUCACCAGGCCCCAGAUCAAGCCAAGCCUUGGGUCGUCCUGGGGACAGAGCCCCAGAGAAGUGGAACGUGAGCUGAGUUGGAACCAGGCCAUA